AGGGCGUUGUCAGGGUAACCAGGAAGGGAGGGCUUACUGCAAGAGUCAGCUACUGGGAACUGCAGGAGACCACACCAGCCUGGUUUCAAAGGCUUAAAGGCUUCUCUUUCUGGAGCUCAGAGGACCCACGAUCACCAGCUUCUUCAUCUCCCAGGCCCCAGACACCCAACUGCUCAUCUCCAUGGAGCUCUGUCGGUCCUUGGCCUUAUUCACUGGCUGCCUGGGCCUGGUGUCCAUCCUGAUCGCUUUGAGCACGGAUUUCUGGUUCGUGGCCGUGGGGCCUAACUUUUCAUUUCACUCGGGCCUCUGGCCAGAGGGGUUUCACAAUAUGGUGGCAGCCUACAUCCACGUGACACAGAGCUUCAGCAUUCUGGCCGCCCUGUGUGGCCUGGUGUCGGUGAUCCUCAUGGUCCUGUCCUACAUCCCCUCAGUGUCCAUUCCAGGCCGCGGGCCCCUUGCCUCCUCUGUCACAGCCUUUGUUGCAGCCAUCUUCGUGAUGGUGGCCAUGGUCGUCUACACCAGUGAGCGGUGGAACCAGCCCCAACACCCCCAGAUCCAGUCCUUCUUCUCCUGGUCUUUCUACCUGGGCUGGGUUUCGAUGAUUCUCUUGCUCUGUGCAGGUAGCCUGAGUCUGGGUGCUCAUUGCAGUGCCCCCCGGCCUGGCUAUGACACCUUGUGAGCGAGAGAGGCGACAACAGCAAGAUGAGGCGCUAUUCUCUGAAGACACCAUCAGGAGCCUCAGGCCCCCGUAGCCCCCUCUCCGGCCCUCACCCCCAGCCCUCCCCCAACCCCUUCAUUUGCUUCUUUACCCAUUCAACAAACAUUUGCUGGGAUCUGGUAAUUCUGGGAUUAAUUCCGUCAUGACAUAAGCUGAGGGCAAGCCAGCUCCAUGCUGGGUGACAGAAAGGACUCAGAGCCCUUACCUGUCAUCCAUCUGCUACCAGCCGGUAUAGGGGCCACUGUGGCCCCGUGUCAGCUCCCUUCUCCAGGCCUUGCUUUUCUCCCUGUUUCCAUCUCAAGACCCUGUCCUUUGUCUUUCCCACAUUAGUGCUCUUUCCUUCUUACUCCCUGCUUUUGCCACCCCUGUCUUCACUCUGGUCCUCCUCGCUCAUUUCAUUCACUCAUUCACUCAUUCAUUCAUUCACUCCUUCAGCUGACUUCUCCUGAGUUCAUCCUUUCUGUUGGGUCUCCCUGGGGAUGCUGAUGGGAACCUGAGACCUGGGCCUUGCCCACUGGGGGCUGCACGUCUGGUGGGGGAAUUGAGACAGCAGUCAGGCGGUGGCGGGGGGGAGGUGAGCUUUCUGGGGAGAGGGUGUUUAGGGGUUUCUCGAGGGCCAAGGCAAAGUCAUCCGGGCAGUGGGGCCCAAAGGUGUGGAGAGGCUGGAGGUUUUCAGGGGAUGGAGAACAGUGCUCUGUGGCAGAAUGUGGAAUGCAGAGGUCAUUGGGGUGUGAGGGUGGAGAGGUGGGUGAGAGCCAGGCCCCUAAGGCCACAGUGACUCUCUCUUGAGAGCAAUGGGGGGCUAGAAGAAGGUUGUGAGGUGGGGAGGGACAGCGCCAGCUGUAGGUGCCCUAUAGAUCCCUCUGGGAUAUGCAGGGAUGUCAGAAAGGACAAAGGAGCUUGGCAAUGCAAUGGGUAUGACUGGGACCGGAGCAUGAGACGGAAAAGAGGGAAGGGGCCAGAAAGAUUCAGGGGCCGGAAGGAAUGGGACACAGGGAUCCAAGGGCUUUGUGGAGUGAUGGGCAGGAGGGGGCCAGGUUAGUGCCCAGGGUUCUGGUGCAACCAACUUGGGUGGGAUGGUGGGGUCAUCCCUGUUUUGGUGGGAGAUGUUGAGCUCAGUUGGGAUGUGGUUGGCAGGGGUCUGGGACAGAGAAGUGGGCUGGAGAUGGUUUGGGUUGCUAUCAGAGAAUCGGUGGCCGAGGGAGCCAUGGCUGCAAAGAAACUCAUCGGGUAAGAAGGUGCAGGAUGGAGAUUCCAGGAAAACUAGCCCUGGGAAGUGGAGGGAAGAUCAAGAACAGGAGCCUGCAUGGGGGUCUGAGAGGGCACAGCCAGAGAGUUGGGGGCCUGGAGAGCUUCUGGGGUCAAGGGAAGAAUUUUCAGAAGGAUAUGGUCUAUCAUGUCAUGGCCAUCUGACUCUGAGCUGUCACUUUGUUAGAAAAGCUGUGUGUGUGUGGGUUUAUGUGUGUGUGGGGGUGUGUGUGGGUGUGGGUGGGUGGUUAUCUCUUUAAGUGGCUGAUGGGAGAGGGGGUUCUGGAACUCCUCCUGCCUCACAGAGACCCAGUCUCCCUUCCCCCACACCUCUGGACUCUGUGUCUAAGAAGCCCCCCUGAGCUGGGUGUCAGUCAUUUAGGUGAGUGUGUGCAUGGGGGUUGGGGGAGGGCACUGGACAGGUUAGAGGCACACUCCACUGGAGGAUGGAGAUCUUUGAAAGACAGAGAGGUCCUUAAGCUGUGACUCCCUGUGGCAGCUUCCCUGGCAUGGGGGUGAAGCGGCGCCUUCAGAGCGGGGGCACCUUGCUGGGCUUCUUGGCCCAAAUCCUCACGAUUCUCUCCACUGCCACCAACUACUGGAUCCACUACCCUGGGGGCCACAGUGGCCUGUGGCAGGAGUGUAAUGGCGGCAUCUGCUCCAACAUCCCCUGCCAGAGUGAGGCCCCGCCCGCCCAGAUGUCCCCCACUGGACAGACAGCACCCCCCCCCCCCCCCGGCACUGAGCACAGCUGGCCCCCUCGCCUCACACAACAGCUGGGCACAUCCUGCGGCGCCCCCACCCUCACCCCUUCCUCUCCAGUCUCAGAUCCACCUGCUCCUCCGCGACAAAGACUACCACGAACCCCCACUUUGGGAUCUGCUUCCCUGUUGGGACAUUAACCGCCCCUCAUGAAGCAACUUGCGAGUCCCUAUCCAAACUAGACCGGCGGGUGGGGGUGGUGGCCCGGGGCGGCACCAGCGCGCGGCUGAGGCGGCAGCUCUCCCCAGCCAUGCUGGCGGUGGUGGGCGCGUGCAUGGUGCUGGCGGCGUGCUCCGCCGUCGUGGGUUUGGUGAUGGGGCUGCGGAUUCUGUGCCACGAGGGUGACUCACGGGGCCAGACUAUGAGCGGCACCUUCUUCCUCUGCGGUGAGAUGGUAGCGGGCCCCCAGGCAUAGGGCGGGCUUGGGAGUUGCGGGGGGCAGGGACCCAGGGUCUUGCACUUGGAGGCGCUCGGAAGGGAAUGAGGGGAGGGGCCGGAGACCCAGAGGAGGGCGUGGCUGGGAGGAGGGGGCGUGGCCUGGGCGACGGGCGCGGUCUAGGGGCGCCUCCGCGCUGCGCCCUGGCUACGCUCACCCCGGGCGCGGGGCCCAGGGCUGCUGCUGCUGAUCGCCCUGACAGGCUACACCGUCAAGAACGCGUGGAAAAAUGACGUCUUCUUCUCAUGGUCCUAUUUUUCGGGGUGGCUGGCUUUACCCUUCUCUAUUCUUGCGGGUAACCUGGACAGCGGGAAGAGGGUGGAGGAGACUGCCCUGAGCACCCUCCUCCCCAUAGACUCCCCGUCGCCCUCCCAGGGACUCCCCAGCACACUCCGCUCCCGACUCCCGCACACCCGGCAGGAUCGCCCUUAGAGCUCCGGACCCCCGUCCCCGGGGCGCUCCCCGUCAUCCGCCCCAGGACCCACCGUCCCCCACCCGCCCUCCGCUCCUCUCCCGCCAGGCUUCUGCUUUCUGCUGGCGGACAUGAUCGUGCAGAGCACGGACGCCAUCAGCGGAUUCCCCGUGUGCUUGUGACCGCAGCCUGCCUGGGGCAGAAUAAAGGAACGGCUUUCA